UCCACCCAACUCCAAUUCUCCAAUUUACCAAAAAAAAAAAACUCCAAUUCUCCGACAAGUCACAACUCAACUCAUUCUUCACUGCAGAAAAGCCCAGAAGAAGAUGAUAAUAAUAAAUAUGUAAUAUUGUAAUGUGAAGUAAUCUGGUGUCACACACUACCGUUGACGCCUAAGAGUAACACCACGCGUUUCACAACCUGACUCUUCCCCUUCUUCUUCUUCUUCUUCUUCUUCUUGCGUUGACGGUUCACGAUACCAGGAGUUGCAGUACCACAGGAAGUUGAACUGAGGAAGAAGUGGUGGAACAUGUCGUCGUCAUCUCCGUCGUACCAGCUGCCAUCACCAGAAGGAGCUUCACCUUCACCUUCACCUUCGCUUCCUCCACUCCCUGAGAAGCGCAUCGUUUUGGGUUGCGGCGGUGCAGGGAUGGAUUUCUUGGCUGCGGUGGCUGCUUUUCCUAAACCCGAUGAGAAGAUUCGCUGCACCAAUUCGAAGUUUCAAGGGGGUGGCAAUGCUGCGAAUGCCUUGACUUGUGCUGCUCGUUUGGGUCUCAGUCCAAGGCUCAUUUCUAAGAUUGCUGAUGAUACUCAAGGGAGAGCUGUACUGGAGGAGUUAAAAGCUGAAGGUGUAGAUACUUCUUAUAUUUUGGUUUCUAAGGGUGGAAAUUCACCAUUCACCUAUGUUAUUGUUGACACCCAAACGAAGACCCGUACAUGUAUUUUCUCUCCAGGAAACCCUCCCAUGGUGCCAGAUGAUCUUUCUCUAGCAAGCUUAUCAUCUGCAUUGGAUGAAGCAAGAUUUGUAUACUUUGAUGGUAGAUUUCCAGAGGCUGCUUUGAUUGUUGCACAAGAGGCAACUCGAAGGAAAAUUCCUAUUUUAAUUGAUGCUGAAAGGCCCAGGGAAGGAUUGGAUGAUAUUCUGUGUUUAGCAGAUUAUAUUGUAUGCACAGCGAAAUUUCCUCAGGCAUGGACAAAGGCACCAUCAAUUCCAAGUGCACUGGUAUCCAUUCUUCUGAGAUUGCCAAAUGUCAAAUUUGUGAUCGUGACCCUUGGAGUAGAUGGCUGCAUAAUGCUUGAUAGACGUGUAGAAGCAGAAGUUCCUGAGCUGGACGAGAUUGAGGUGGAUGGUAUGGUUGAAUUAUUGAAGCAGAAAAUUGAUGGCGAAAACACUAUCCCAACAUGUCUUCCAUCCAAGUCAAUGAUGAGGUUGAGAGCAGAUGGGAUUGGGAGGGUGAAUGGGAAGUUACUAGUGGGAACGGCUGAGAAGAUACCAGCUUCAGAGCUUGUUGACACCACUGGUGCUGGAGAUGCAUUUAUUGGAGCAAUUCUUUAUGCUAUUUGUGCAGAUAUGCCACCAGAGAAAAUGCUGCCCUUUGCUGCUCAAGUGGCAGCAGCUGGAUGCAGAGCUUUAGGGGCUCGAAGUGGUCUUCCAUGGCGAACAGAUCCACGCCUGGGUCCAUUUUUAUGUUAGAGCAUCAACCUAUUAGCAGUUUGUAUUGGAAAUCAAAUAUAGUGUAGUUGGCAGAUGAGCUCAUCUGCCCAAGCACCCCCAAAAGAUGCCACUUCUGGAGUUGUUUCUGCAUUUGUUGUAACAGUAAGCAAUCAAGCAUAUUGUAUAUUUGGUGUUUUACCUAAUAAAAUUCGGGAUGAUGAAAUUUGCUUGGUGGAAA